UAGUCUUCGUGUUCUGCUUCUUCCACUUGAAAAAAAGAUCUUUUUUACUGGGUUAAUUUCAAAACAUUAUACGAGUCUCUGUCCUUCGUAUUCUCCGCAAUCUCUAAUUAAUCGGAAUUAGGAUAAGAAAGAUGGGAUUUUUGAAGAAAUCUCGAGUCGGUAGAGGAUUAGACACCAAUGGGAAAAAUUGGGCCUUCGCUGAAAUAUCUAUUCGAGCUUCACUGAAGCCUGUGAAGACGAAACUCAAAAAGCCGGAGAGAGAAACAGAAGCUGAAGAAGAACACUACAAUGGCAGCGAAGGAUACUGCACCACGCCAACGGCGAAAGAAACAAAUUCCUCGGAGAUAUUGAAAUGUCCGCCGGCGCCAAGGAAACGCCGACCGGCGUUGAAGUGUCGGGGCAAUUUCGUUGUAGAGUAUUUUGUGCCUCCUUCAGAUUUAGAGACGGUGUUUAUACGACGCCCGUUAGUGUAAAACAAGAUGUUCUCAAGUAUAUUGAAAGAGUUGCAAGUUGUCUUUUUUUUAGAUUCUCAAUUAAUAAUCAUAGAUUCAUAAAUCAUAUUACUACACAAGAAAAGAAGC